AUGUCUGGUGAACGGCCACCGUCGUCGUUGCCGCCGCGGCCAGAGCCAUUCCGCUUCUGGCUUCCUUACAGAAGCAGUGUGGGGUCAUGGCGGCAGCAACCACGGCCGCCAUCACCAGUGCCGUGGACAAUGCCAUCCUCACCCCGACCUCAGCCACCUUCGCCGCCACCACCAACUCCGGUAGGGCCUGCGCACCAGAGGCCGGUGCCACACGCCACGGUGGAAGAUAUCCCUCUCCAAGCUGAGUCCUCUGACGAAUCUGACACGAUUCCAGUCGAGAGCUCAGACUCGUCGCAGCUCCGAGGCGGGCGGCCGUCCACAGCCGACCUGGAGCUGACGCUCUCCGGCGGCCCGCCCGCCGGCCAGGAACAGAGGUCGGGCAGAGACGACAGCAACCGCGGCAACGACGCCAAGAUCGCCAUUUCCGGCUUCCCGCGGUCGCGGCUCUUCGACGGCGCGCGCGCGCCGUACCGGCGGGAGAUCGAGGACGGGCUCAAGAGCCUCGCCGCGCGCGAGACGCCGGCGCCCAGGCCGGAGAGCGGCCAGGGGUACCGCGUCAUCACGCUCGCCGGACACAAUGUCGGCGCGAGUAUGGUCCUCGGCAGUAAUGGCGGCGGCCCCAUGGAAGCGCCAGCGCCACAGCCGAGAGCCGCAGAGCCAGGGGUGCCGGUGCCGGGUCCGGGUUCGAGGCCGCCGGCGGUGGCCGCGAACGUGAACAGCAACGUGCAGAGCGUGAACAACUCGUCGAUGGAAGAGAGCACGUGCACCGCCGGCAAUCCCGGCGUGCACGUGGACAUCAAGAACGCGCGCGAGGAGCCGGCUGCGGUGACACCAACGCCCAUCCCGAGGGAGGAAGAGAAGCCAAAGGAGCCUGUGAGGAGACCGCCGCUCGUUGUGGCGCCGCAGCAGAAGAGCGCAGCAGCAGGUGGUGGUGAGGCGGCACCGGCGACGGCGAGGCCAAGGCCGAGGCGGUGCCUGCGCGCACUGAUGAUGGAGAACGGGAGCGACACAGAGGCGGCGCGGAAGCGGAGGCCGAGCGCCUGCCGGUUCCAGUGCGUAACGGAUCAUGCACCGACGGCGACGGCUGGCGACGGCGGUGGCGCUGGCGAUAAGAAUGCAGAGGAUGGCGGCAAAUCGAGCACGGAAGGGGCAAGUUGA